UGAAUCCUUAUAUAGUAAAGCUGUCAAUUAUAGAUGAUGAAGCUACGCUCAAUGGAAUGGGUCUUGUAGUUGCCCAGGCAUUAUCAGAGUACAACCGACAGUACAGAGACAAAGAAGAAGAGCAUCAGAGUGGAUUUUUCUCAGCCUUGACUAACAUGGUGGGCAGUAUGUUCAUUGCUGAUGCUGAUGAAAAAAUCUCAGUCCAAACUAAUGAAGCUAUCCUUUUGGCUCUUUAUGAAGCUGUUCACUUGAAUCGAAACUUUAUCACUGUAUUGGCACAGAGUCAUCCUGAAAUUGGUUUAGUGGCAAUGCCAGUAAGCCCAGUUCCGACUACGCCUGUUACUCCACUUGGAACUACACCACCUUCUUCUGAUGUCAUAAGUACCGUGGAGUUACCCUUGGAUGCUGACGUGCAGACAAGCAACCUGCUGAUAACCUUCUUAAAGUACAGUUCUAUUGUCAUGCAGGAUACCAAAGAUGAACACCGGCUCCAUAGUGGGAAGCUCUGCCUGAUUAUCUUAACUUGCAUAGCAGAGGACCAGUAUGCUAAUGCUUUUCUGCAUGACGACAAUAUGAAUUUUCGUGUAAACCUCCACAGAAUGCCUAUGAGACACAGGAAGAAAGCUGCUGAUAAGAAUCUUCCCUGUCGGCCUCUGGUUUGUGCAGUGCUGGAUCUGAUGGUGGAGUUCAUUAUAACGCACAUGAUGAAAGAAUUUCCUAUGGAUCUCUAUGUAUGCUGUAUUCAAAUAGUACACAAGCUGCUUUGCUACCAGAAGAAGUGCAGAGUGAGGCUCCAUUACACUUGGAGGGAACUCUGGUCAGCUCUGAUUAAUCUGUUGAAGUUCCUCAUGUCUAAUGAAACUGUUUUGCUGGCAAAACACAACAUCUUUACCUUGGCUCUGAUGGUGAUAAACCUGUUUAAUAUGUUCAUCACUUAUGGAGAUACCUUUCUUCCAACUCCUAGCAGCUACGAUGAGCUUUAUUAUGAAAUCAUCAGGAUGCACCAGAGUUUUGAUAACCUAUAUUCCAUGGUUCUGAGGCUUUCUAGUAAUGCUGGCCAGUGGAAGGAGCCAGCCAGCAAGGUGACCCAUGCAUUGGUCAACAUACGAGCUAUCAUCAACCACUUCAAUCCAAAGAUAGAGUCAUACGCUGCUGUUAAUCACAUUUCACAGCUCUCUGAAGAGCAGGUUUUGGAAGUAGUGCGCUCCAACUAUGAUACACUCACCUUAAAAUUACAGGAUGGCCUUGACCAAUAUGAGCGCUAUUCAGAACAACACAAAGAAUCUGCUUUCUUUAAAGAGCUGGUUCGGUCCAUCAGCAUCAAUGUACGGCGAAAUCUGGCAUUCAACACUCUCAGCCAGGAAGCCCUGCUAAAAGAGUUUUCAACCAUCUCCUGAAGCUGCGUUAUCUACUUGCUUCAUAACUAGUCCUGGUAUUACUGCACCCCCUUCUCCAGAAUAGCUCCUGGAUGUGGAAUGGUCUAACUCUACUGUGUGGUUUUGUUUCUGUUUUUGGUUUUUUCAGGAAAGAUCAAUGGAAGGCUUGGAGUUAUCCCAUACUCUUGAGCUUAGAGAACUAACAAUAUAGACUACAUUGGGAGUGGGGAAGAAGGGGCAGGAGUUAUUUCUCUUUUUUAUUUCAUGUGACAAUUGUUGUGUAGGGAUAAGAAUUGUUUACUAAGUGAGCAAGAUUAGAGCAGAACAGUGUUGCUUAGAGAGUUCAUACUUCUGGUUCUCUGAAGACUGCUUAAGCCUGAAGCCUGAAGAGAGAAAGGGGCACAGGAACCAAGUUCUUGAUAAUAUGGAACAGUCUGACUGAACACUUAUUUUAUGUACAUUUGUACUUGGAUGCUUUGAAUCUGCAGUUCAUGUAUAUUGUUAGGCCCAUUUUAGUUGGUGCUGAAAUUAACAGCUGUGGGCUCUACAUUCUGCACAAGGCCAGGCCCUCCUAUUCUGAUGGUGCUUGCCAGAACUCCAUCUCAGGAUGUUCUUGGUGCCCAGCCUAAAACUCUUGCUGUCUAGGGUUUCUUAGUUGAGAGAUCACCUCUAUGAGUUUAUUCCUACUAUUCCACCUUGCCAUGUUUUAAAACUUUGGGAAUGAAGAUAUUAAGAUGUAUCAGUGAUUUUUCUCCCAAAGGAGCAAUAAGGGAAAACAUUGUAUGGUUUUACUCGUACCAUUGUUGUGCAUCAAAAUAAGCCAGUUCCUCCUGUUCCCAGAAGGUUGACUGAGCUCCUGUCCUAGAUUCUGUAACUUCUUUCUGGCCUGAUUGCCUUGGAUUCUCUACAUACUGGUAGGGUAACAGAGUGUUCCCAUCAGGCUUGUCACUGUCUUUUCCAUCAAACAUAACCUCUGUGAAAUUCCACAGUGAUUGAGACUGUUUAAGUCAGUUCACACUUUAUGUAUUCCAAUAAAGUACUUCAUUGGAAACUCAGAAUUAAAAAUAAAUAAAUUGUCUACUUUAUCAGUUCUCACUUAUUUUAAGGAAAAGUUUAUUUGGGAGGGGAAUCAUAUUGAUACUCAUUCUACACUCCUGUCCAUCAAAUGAAGUAACUAGUGCAAACUAGAGUUGCACAAUUAUUCUGUCAAAUUUUCCUUGUUAUUUUGCAGGAUUUAUUUUCCAACUAUUUGUAAUGAAAAUGAUAACUAAGGCACUUAAUUGUUUGCAUUAUAUGUAAAGAAUUUACAGGACUGGCUUUUGUUGGAAAACCAAAAGUUGGCUGUGCUUCUGGCAUUGUGCACCAUCUAUAGAUCUGUUCUUAAUCCUAACAUAAGGUAAUGUCAAUAUUUGAUACACUAUUCUUCUGGGGAAUGGGGAGCGGUAUUCCCCAAAUUCAUAUUUUCUUCCUUCUUCCAAAACCACUGCCACUGGAAACAAAUAUGAUUGGAUGAAUAUACAUGAAUGUAUCUUAAUUUGGCCAUUCUGAUUCAGAGCAAGUGCCAUUUUGGGUAAAUUCUUGCUCUUUUUCAGCUAUGCCUAGCACUGAAUUUUGAGUCCAGAUGUGCAAAGGACAUAUUUUGCUAGAAGAAAGGCUGUAGAAGUUCUGCUGCUGAACAGCACCUUCAAGAGGCUUUUUUUUUUAGGGUUGGAAGGGGUUGCAAUACUCAUGGCUUUUGUGCAUGCAAUGUAUCUUUUUGUGGUUGGUUUGGGGACUAUAUUACUAGCACUGCUAGUUACAUUUCCUUGGUAUUAACAUUGUCAUAGCUGGUAUAUGUACACAGAUUGCAUAAUCUUUACCUUGGGACCCUUAGCAUCUAAGUAAAGCCUGUAGAGUUGAACAUUUGUGUUGGAGAGAAAAUGGAGUUGAAAAUGUGGCAAUUCCAAAGUUUUAGAAUUUUUCAUUUAAUCCAAAAUUUCUCUAUAAAUUGCUAUUGCAUCUCU